AUGGCCAGAUCCACUCAUUUCUUUGGUCUGGGCUCUGCGGUCUUGCUAGCAUUGCAAGCCCAGACUGUCAUAUCUGUUCCAUUCAAUGGCCCGCGAGCUGUCUCGCUGCCCGCACAACAUGGCUACACGUACCAAGGAUGUUAUAUGGAACCCUCGAACGGACGUGCUCUUGAGACUGUCACUGGCAGCGACGGCUUGACGCUGGGAGCAUGUGCCGACAUCUGUGCUGCGGCUGGCAAGGCAUACUUUGGUGCUGAGUGUGGAAGCAAGCUGUCUGCUGCUGCUACUCUUGCCGCAGAUGACACCGAGUGCUCAUUCGCCUGCCCUGGCAACGGCUUUCAGAAAUGUGGUGCUGGAAACAGACUAAGCGUUUACAAGAACGAGAACAUUGUGACUCCUGCCGGUCCUUCUGCAAAGGCCAAGGCAGGGAGCUAUGUUUCUGCGGGAUGUUACAGUGAUCUUGUUCAGGGCCAACGUGCCUUGUCCAGAACGCGUGCUGAUGAUGCCAUGACACCUGAUAUGUGUGCCACAUUUUGUGCCGGCAGUGCGUGGAUGGGCGUUGAAUACGGAAAGGAAUGUUGGUGUGGAAAUGUGCUUGGCUCGCUGAGUCUGCCAGCCACUCAGCAAACAGACUGCAACAUGGCUUGCGCAGGAGACUCUACCAGCCUCUGCGGUGGCCCAGCUCGGUUGAACAUGUAUACAUUGGACACUGCCAAUGGAGUCUCCAGCGCAAAUUCAGCUCCUUCAGUUGCCCCCAGCGCAGCCAGCACGGCUGUCGAUCGCGUGGGCGACUUCAUCCACCUCGGAUGCUGGACUGACGAUGCCGCCAACGGCAGAACGUUUGGCGACCUCUAUGCUUCCGACGACAUGACUAUCAAGAAGUGCGCAGACUGGGCUAUAUCAAAGGGAUACCUCGACUUUGGAAUCGAGUACUCGCGUGAGUGCUGGGCGGGUAACACCGUAAACCCGCUUGCUACGUCUGCAGGUUCUUCGACCUGCAACAUGAAAUGUAUGGGCGACGCCAGUCAGAGUUGCGGAGGACCCAACCGUUUGGAUAUGUACAAGUAUAGCCCCGCGCCGUCAUCGACUUCCUCUGCCGGGGCAUCCUCGACAUCCUCGACUGCUUCCGGAUCCUCCACUUCGUUGACUCUGCCUUCAGCCAACUCCGCUCCCAAUGAUGCUAUAUUGCCCCACGCUGUCAGCGCGUCACUAGCUGGUGCCACUAUUGGCGACAACUCUCAGCUUCAAACCGUUGAUGGGAAGACUGUAGUUGAUCUUACGCCACCAGACAAUGGCCAGGCCUCUGUCACAGUCGCCGCCGCGUCUGCUCCUGACCUGCAGAGUGAAGACUCCGUUGUGGUACAGUUGACUUACAAGACUGAGGCUUUGAAGAAGCGAGCGACGAAGCGAGCUGUCCUGUCCGAGUGUACCUUGACAAUGAUGAUUGGAAGCACCGUCAUCUAUUCGAGCAGGAUCUGGACAACGGAUGGAAGCUACACCACGGUGACCAGCAUGCCUACCAGCGCCGGUAUCACGACCUUGAUCAUCGUUCAGUACUGCCCUGCCACUGCAGUACCCAUCGUCAUUGGAGAUGUUGCUGUUGCACCAGCUCCGUCAUCGAGCUCUGCCUCCAGCAGCUCGACCGUCAUUGUCUCGUCAACCGUGGUGAUCAUCCAAGCAACACCUUCAACAACAAGCACCAGCUCUUCUCGCAUAUCAAGCACAUCAAGCAAUGCUGGGUGGGCAACGUAUGUCCCACCUGCCACAACAAACGCUCCAUCGACAACCGCUGCUCCGGCUGCGACGAACGUACCCACGUACCUCGCGGGGGUGUACCAGGCUGGGACAUGCAGCAGUCCCGGGUAUAUGUCGACUUGCACAAUGUCUGGGAUGCCUGUAGCGACCAUCGACAUCGUCGGAAAGGCCACUGCAUCUCCUGUACCUGCCUCUGGCAACAUGCAGCAAGCGUAUGAGCAGUGUGCCGGCAUCUGCGCCAACCUCGACUCGUGCAACUCCUGGGCACUGGAUCGCGGCGUCGGUGUGUACCCCGAUACCACAGCCUCCACAUGGUGGUGCUACUUCUACUCGGGCCUGGUUGGAAAAUACCAUCCCAACGCUUACAACGCUCAGUUCGCCGCCGUCGUCUACUUUGCAAAGACUUGCUACAGCUGCCAGCAACGAGACCUAGCUGCCCUUGCUCCUGCGCCUGUGGCGGCAACUACGUCCACAACCUCGUCGUCUUCUCCGAGCGUACCCGCCGUGACACAAGCUCCAGUCAUCCCCGGUGUUCUGACCUUCUCUGCGCCGGCUUACGAUUCUGCUGCUUGCACGUUCGGAACGCCGCCAGAUUGCUAUCUGUCCGGUGCUCCUGUGGCAACAUCCGGCCUCCUUGCGGUCGCGACGGGCAUCACAGGAUUUGUUAGCUCGGAGGGGCCGUUCAAGCAGUGUGCCCAAGCUUGCAAACAGGUGCCUGGAUGCACAGCGUACGCUCUUGAUCAAGGCACAUCAAUGAUUUGUUACAUCUAUGGCGGUGACGCGCGAGACUAUUGGACAACAUUUGACAACAACUAUCGUUCGGUUGCGUAUUUCUCGGCGGGAUGCUACAAUUGCAAGGCUGCUUCAAUGUCCACGCUGCCCUUGAUAAGCUCAACGACGAUACGGCAAUCUUCCACUUCAUCGCCUGUCUCGACUACCAGCACCUCGGUGCCAACUGCAGUGUCAUCGCCUCCGUCGAGCUCUCAACCUCAGGUCACGCCCAGCUCCACAAAGGCCGUCAGACCUGGCGCCAUCACCCCAUUCUCAUGGAUCCCGACCCUCGCCGUGCCGACCACGGUGACGGAGACAAACUGCCCCCGACCGACGGCUGACAACUGGUACACUGCCGGAUGUACUCUCUCCGGCGGCGUCCUCCAGACCUCCGGACUCGUUGCCGUCGCCACAGGUGUUCCGGCUCCGCGAGUUCAGAACAGCAACCUAUUCGAGUACGCCUACCAAGCUUGCGCGCAGAUGUGUGCGUCAAUGUCCACCUGCUACAGCUGGGCCCUUGAUAGAGGAUUCUGGCCGGCCGACUACUCUGACUGGACGUGCUACUUUUACUCCGCCGGCGCGAGGCUGAUGACUCCCCAGAACGACGGCAACUACUGGAUCGUCUGGAUGGACAAGCAGUGCUACGCUUGCAGCACUCCUGCUGCAGCGAUCUCGUCACCUACUCCGUCAACAUCGUCAUCCAUCGCCCCAGCGGCUACUUCAUCUACCAGCGCUGGGUCAUCGACCAGUAGCGCGGCAUCUUCGAUAUCUACUGCCGCUUCGUCAACUUUCAACGCAAACGCUGCAUCAUCCACGUCGAGCACUGCCUCUCCCACAACAGCCGCGCCAGCAACAACAAGGCCGCCCUCCGAGGCCUACGUCUUCUCGGCCUCAGCCUGGACCUCUGGCACCUGCGUAACGCAGCGCAACAACGACGGCGCGACCCCUUGCGCCCUCUCCGGCUGGCCGACCCCGACUUCGCAGUCCGGUCUCCUGGCUGUAGCGACAGGCAUUGCUCCGGCUCCAUCGGGGGUGUUUGACUUCAGCAAGCCUUUCGAGGUCUGCGCCGGCGCUUGCCGCGGUGUGAACGGCUGCACCACCUGGGCCAUCGAUCGUGGAAACUGGCCCACCGACCUGUCUCCAUGGUCGUGCUACAUGUACAACUUUGUCAACUCGAGCAACUACAACCUUCCUGGCAACUACUUCCGCCUCACCUCAUAUGGCUCCGCGUAUGCCAAGUUCGCAUGGGGAGUGACGGAAUGUUACAAUUGCACCCUCAACCAGGCGAUCGCGUCCUCUGUCAGCAGCAGCGUGAACAUCUUAGCAAUUAGCAGCAGCAGUAGCAGCAGCAGAAGUAGCACCAUCUCAUCUGCGACGAGCACCUCGUUCAGCAGCAGUUCUUCUUCGACCUCCUCCUCAACUUCAGGACCAUCUGGAACAGUCACCGCCCUCGCCACCACUUCAGCUCCAGCAGGCACAGUGACAACAUUCUCCGCGCCGGCGUCGACUACAUCCUGCGGUCAACCGACCGGGGCUCAAUGGUACACCAACGGCUGCAUCCAGUCCGGCUAUCCGACAGUGACGCAGGGUCUCAUUGCCGUCGCAACGGGCAUCGCCCCCAACGUCUUGGGCGACUACAACUUCGACCCGUCGUAUCAGCGCUGCGCAGUCAUCUGCGCCGGAAUCUCCGGCUGCCAGGGAUACGCCCUCGACCGCACCAGCACCGUCUCCUGGAACUGCAACUUCUACAACCUCCCCGUCAUGACACUGCUCAAGUCCCUGUCGCCUUCUGUGGACUACAGGCCGGUCGUAUGGAUGAGUAUGCUCUGCCACAACUGCGCCAACAUCGUCCCAGCAAACGUCUUGUCUUCAUCUUCAUCCUCGUUCUCUUCGUCGAGCUCUUCCUCAUCCUCGCUUCCGCUCUUCGUCGGCUACCCGCAAGCCACCGCAUCGCCAACCUCCACGACGCCCGCCAGCUCAAAGUCGCAGAGCGCGGCAUCCUCGAGCACGUCCGCGGCUGCUGCGGUGUGUUCCCGGGCUGCUUCGCCGCCUGCCACGGCAAAUUGCAACGUGAAGGGCUUCCAGCAACCAGCCGGCGGGGUGCAGGGUAGCUAUCUAUACGCCCAGACCGACUGUGCCGCGUAUUGCCUGAGCCUCGGAGCAGCUUGCAAGAGCUGGACGUGGGUCCCGGGAUCCGGUUGGUGCGGUAUCUACAGCUUGGCCGUCUGGGAUACCAUCGGCGACUCGGCGGUCGCAGGCCGGGCGUACAAGGACAAUGUCAUGGAUGAGCCUGCGUGUUGGAGCUGCCCCGAUGGCGCGGCUGUGCAUUACCUCCCCGUAUAG